AGGCUCGUCCGCCCGAGCCCCGAGGCGGCGCGCCCGCAGCAGCAGCAGCAACAGCCGGAGGAGCCGCGCCCGCAGCGGCGUCCUCCCAAGCCUGGAGCCGGCUGAGGCGCGCCCAGAGCAGCGGCUGGUGGAGGCGCGCAAGGGAGAAGGGGCUCCUCCCGCUCGGGCUCGAAGUCUGAGCUCCUUCUGGCCCGGCGCCCCCUCCCCGGGAGCGGGAGAAGCCGAGAAGCGCCCCCCUCGCCUCUCCUAACCAUUGGGCAUUUCUGCCUCUCCUCUCGGAGGGGAGAGAAAGCGCCCCCCCGGCCGGCACCUGCGCAUGUGUGACACACACACGUGCGCGCCUCGGGCUUGACUCUUGCGCGUUUUUCGGGGAUUUGUAUGCCUUCGCGAGGAGGCCGCGCUUUGCUCCUCCUCCUCCUCCUCCCUUCCGACGUUGCGCCGGGGAGGAGAUUUCUUUUUAAAAAAACUAAUUUCUGUUGGGCAUCCAGCGUCCCCACUCCCCGCCGCCGGCCAGCAAGGCGCCCAGCGGGUCUUCCAGGUGACGGGAAUAGCCACCCCCGCCAAAAGAGAGGGAGACAAGCGAGUGGGCCUGGCUUGCGUCCCGGGGCCAAGAGGCCAGCGAGGCAGAACCGGGCGGUGGGCGGGCGAAGCGAUGGAGGAGAAGGGAAGGUGGAAGGAGCCGAGCCGAGCCUGCUGAGGAGGAAACGUGGCUCAUUGGGAAGGAUGCUGCUUUGGGUUGGACUCUCUUGCUGCUGAGGGAAGAGGAGGAGGAGGAGGGUUGCCCUCCGCUGGAUGCCAUCAUCGCCGCUGGUCCCCUCUCUCAUAUUGGCAGACCGGGGCGGGGGUUUCAGAGAGAGAGAGAACCAGGAGUCAGCUUGAAUGGAGCCUGCCCCCCACCUGAGCCGCCCCCUCUCUGAGUGGGAACGAGCUGGCUGCUGCUUCUGUCAGCCCGAGACGUCCUUUUGACGGGGCCUGAUCCGAACCCUGCAAACCAGCCCACUUUGAGACCCGCCCUCGGGAAAAAUGGGGUCUGUGUGUGUUGGACUGUGACAGACAUCCCUCAUGCUGGCCUUGGAAGGGGGCCUUGAAUGACCAUUCUGGAAGCCUCUAUCCUUUGCCCUACCCAUUGCCUGGUGGUGUUCAUGGGAGCCGGACCAUCACUGAGGUAACUUUUGGCCAUCCUCUUCUCAAAUUCUCUGAGGGUCCCUUUGGCAAAAACAAGCAGGAUGCCUCGGAACAGGACCUUCUCUGAGCCCGAAUAUUCGGCGGAGUACUCGGCGGACUACUCGGUCAGCUUGCCCUCUGACCCCGAGCAUGGGGUAGGCCGGACCCACGAGGUGACGGUGAGGAACUCCGGCUCCUGCCUCUGCUUGCCGCGCUUCAUGCGCCUCACCUUCGCCCCGGAGUCCCUGGAGAACCUCUACCAGACCUACUUCCGGCGGCAGCGCCACGAAACGUUGCUGGUCUUGGUGGUCUUCGCUGCCCUCUUUGACUGCUAUGUCAUCAUCAUGUGCACAGUGGUGUACACCUCGGAGAAGCUGCCGCCCACCCUUGUGGCCUCAGUGGGCCUGGCUGCCCAGAUCCUCCUCUUUGUCCUAUGCAAGUACGAACUCCUGCCGGACCGGGUCACUCGGAAGUUCAUGCCCUACAUCCUGUGGAUACUCAUAGCUGCCCAGAUAUUCUGCUAUCUGGGCCUGAACUUUGCCCGCUACCACGAGGCCAGUGACACAGUUGGCUGGCAGGCCUUCUUCGUCUUCUCCUUUUUCAUCACCCUUCCCUUGCGCCUCACGCCCAUUGUCCUCAUCUCGGCCAUCUCAUGCGGCAUCCACACUCUGGUGCUGGGGGUCACCAUUGCGCAGCAGCAGCAGAAAUCCACCAUUGGAGGCAACUUGCUGUGGCAGAUAUUGUCCAAUAUCGCUAUCUACCUGUGCACCAUCUGCGUGGGCAUCAUGUCGUACUACAUGGCUGACCGAAAGCACCGCAAAGCCUUCUUGGAAGCUCGACAGUCCUUGGAAGUCAAGCUCAACCUUGAGGAGCAAAGCCAGCAGCAGGAAGGUCUGAUGCUUUCAAUUUUGCCCAAGCACGUAGCGGAUGAGAUGCUGAAGGACAUGAAAAAGGAUGCCAGUCAGAAAGAGAUGCAGCAGUUUAACACCAUGUAUAUGUACCGUCAUGAAAAUGUCAGUAUCCUCUUUGCUGACAUCGUUGGGUUCACACAGUUAUCGUCCUCAUGCAGUGCCCAUGAGUUGGUGAAGCUUCUGAACGAGCUCUUUGCUCGCUUUGAUAAAUUAGCCGCGAAAUACCACCAGCUGCGUAUCAAGAUCCUGGGAGACUGUUACUACUGCAUCUGUGGGCUGCCUGAUUACCGAGAUGACCACGCUGUUUGCUCUAUUCUGAUGGGUCUUGCUAUGGUGGAGGCAAUUUCCUAUGUGCGAGAGAAGACCAAAACAGAUGUGGACAUGCGUGUAGGCGUACACAGUGGCACAGUCCUGGGUGGAGUUCUGGGUCAGAAGCGUUGGCAGUAUGACGUGUGGUCCACAGAUGUGACAGUGGCUAACAAGAUGGAAGCAGGUGGCAUCCCAGGGCGGGUACACAUUUCCCAGAACACCAUGGACUGCUUGAAAGGAGAGUUUGAAGUGGAGCCAGGAGACGGCGGAUCGCGGUGUGACUACCUGAAGGAGAAGGGGAUUGUCACCUACCUCGUGCUUGUACCCAAGCAGCCCAUCAAGAAUGGGAUCAAUGGUGUGAAGCUGUCUGUCUCAUCCUCCCAUGGAAACUCGCCACAGCUGAUCAACACCAAAGAGUGCAACGGGAGCAUUAACACCACCUGCACCACCCCGGACGAGGCGGAGGAGUUGGACACCAGGGUGGUGAAUCCUUCCUUUCCCAACCCACGAAGGCGCCUGCGCUUGCGUGACCUGGCAGAAAGGGUGGUGGAUGCUUCAGAGAAUGAACAGGAACUCAACAAAUUGCUCAACGAGGCCUUGUUGGAGAGAGAGUCUGUGCAGGCGCUGAAGGGUAGAUCCACAUACUGCUUAUCCAUGCGCUUCAUUGACCCAGAGAUGGAGACGCGUUACUCCGUCGAAAAGGAGAAGCAGAGCGGGGCGGCCUUCAGCUGUUCGUGCGUCGUCCUGUUCUUUACCGCUCUGGUGGAGAUCUUCAUUGAUUCGGAGCUGCAAGCAAAUUACGUGACGUUUCUUGUUGGUGAAAUCCUGCUGCUGAUCCUAACCCUUUGCUCGCUGGCUGCCAUCUUUCCUAGGGUUUUCCCCAAGAAGCUUGUGGCUUUUUCCUCUUGGAUCGACAGGACGAGAUGGGCCAGGAACACGUGGGCCAUGUCCGCCAUUUUCAUCCUCACCAUGGCAGACAUUGUAGAUAUGCUCAGCUGCCAGCAGUAUUACACCGCUUUCAACUAUACAGUGCCGGCGCCGCGUUCGAGGGGUUGUGUGGAGCAACCCAAGUACUACAGCUACAUCGCCGUAUUGGCACUCAUUGCCACCAUCAUGCUGGUGCAAGUCAGCCACAUGGUGAAGCUCACUCUGAUGGUGAUGAUCACUGGGGCAGUGGGCGUGGUCAACAUCCUUGCCUGGCAGCAUAUUUUCGAGAAGUACGAUGAGCAGAGAUUCAGAGACAGCAUGUCCUUGAUUCCAUCCAAGUACUCCAUGACGGUUAUGAUCUUGGUGAUGAUGCUCAGUUUCUACUAUUUCUCGCGCCAUGUGGAGAAGCUAGCUAGGACUUUAUUCCUGUGGAAGAUAGAUGUGCAUGACCAGAAGGAGCGUGUGUAUGAGAUGAGGCGCUGGAACGAGGCCUUGGUCACCAACAUGUUGCCGGAGCAUGUGGCACGACAUUUCCUGGGCUCCAAGAAGAGGGAUGAGGAGCUGUACAGCCAGUCUUAUGAUGAGAUUGGUGUUAUGUUUGCCUCCCUCCCCAACUUUGCGGACUUCUAUACGGAGGAGAGCAUCAACAAUGGGGGGAUCGAGUGUCUGCGCUUCCUCAACGAGAUCAUCUCAGAUUUUGACACGCUCCUGGACGACCCCCAGUUCAGCUGUAUCACAAAAAUUAAGACCAUUGGCAGCACCUACAUGGCAGCUUCUGGAGUGACCCCAGAUGUCAAUGCCAACGGUUACAACAACGCUGUUAAGAAGGAAGAUCUUUCAGAAAAGGAGCGCUGGCAACACUUGGCGGAUCUUGCUGACUUUGCCUUAGCCAUGAAAGAGACAUUAAUGAAUAUUAACUAUCAGUCCUUCAAUAACUUCAUGCUGAGAAUAGGCAUGAAUAAGGGAGCAGUGCUGGCGGGGGUCAUUGGUGCCCGCAAACCUCACUACGACAUUUGGGGGAACACGGUGAAUGUAGCCAGCCGGAUGGAGUCCACAGGUGUCAUGGGAAAUAUACAGGUUGUAGAGGAAACCCACUUUAUUCUGAAAGAGUACGGCUUCCGCUUUGUGCGCCGAGGGCACAUCUAUGUCAAGGGUAAAGGUAAUCUGCUGACCUACUUCAUGAAAGGACGUGAGAAACAAGGAUCCUUCAUCAAUGGCUCUUGUGUGACUUUGCCUCACCAGGUAGUUGACAGCUCAUGAUGCUUCUUGGACUCUGGUUGUCUGUUACAGAAAAGAGCGGGUGCUUCUGCAAUGCCCAAAGGCAAACAGUUUUGACCACCUGGUGCUCCGGGCGGGAGAUUGAUACACACACCUCUAACACCAUAAGAUUUACAGGAAACCAACCCCUUUGCCUGUUCCUUUCACCUUGAAGGUUUUUUUAUUUGUAAGGGGCUCCCUUUGACAUCUGUGUCUGCCUGUUGCUUGUGAUAUACACAGCAGAGGGGUAAGGAGGUGUCAGGUGGGAGGAAUUCCUGUCUCUUGCACAAAUACGUGGGCUCUUGCACAUUUGGGCCUAGAAGGGGGAGGGGAGGAGGGAGUAGACUCACCAGUGCAGCAUUGCUUGAGUAGGAUCAUCUUGGCUAUGUUCUCUUUUUUUGUCCAAGUAAGGGGUGGGUGCUCUGGUUUUAACUUUCCACAGACCUGACCUCUACAUAGAGCUUUUUGCUAAAAUAAAUGCAAACUCAGGGUGGGUGUUGCAGCAAACAGAUGAGCUGGGAGAGAAAGCUGUGUGAGAUUCACAACAGGGCCAUUUGUUCUUGCCUUUGGAGCUCGCCUUUUGCUACAAAACCACUGUAGGUAAGAUGGGAAGAAGAUGAAAAGAGCAAGUGCAAUCUAUUUCUUUUGAGUCUAAGAUGAUGUCCUGUUUCAUAUAUAUAAAUAUAUAUAUAAAAAAGAUGCAGACUAACUUUAUAUUUUUAAUUGUGUCUUAAUUCUGAGAGUGAGGUGCCUCUUUCAGGCUGUACCUUACAUCUUUUUCUGCCCUCACUUCUGCUCAGAGCUUGGAAAAGUUACUUUUUUGAACUACAACUCCCAUCAGCCCAAUCCAGUGGCCAUGCUGGCUGGGGCUGAUGGGAGUUGUAGUUCAAAAAAGUAACUUUUCCAAGCUCUGCUUCUGCUGAUGCUUUAAAAGGAAGAGAUUUAUAUAGCCUGGUCCAAGACUGUUUUUAUGCCUUCAUCCGAUUGUUGAGAUACAAACUGUAAUUAUUUCUCUAGUUUCUCAAAUAGAAUCAGUUCAAUUUUAAAGUUA